AGAGAGAGAGAGAGAGAGAUUUAACAUAAACUAUAGACAUUUAUUAACAUCAAACAUUUGUCUUCUUCCCAGGAUAAAUUUUAUGACACUUCCUACGACACUGGCGAUAAACAUCUCCAGUGCGGGCGAAGAGCAGAUGUUCUCAAGUUCUGGACGAUGUGGAAGGCUAAGGGCACAAAAGGACUCACCAAACAUAUCGAGAAGCUUUUCACCAUGUCCAAGCUCUUCGCUGAUAAGAUACGGUCAAGAGACGGGUUCACACUCCUCUUGGAACCUGAAUGUACUAAUGUUUGUUUCUGGUACGCCCCACCUUCCCUACGAGGGCAUGAGGACAACCCUGAUUACACCACACGUCUCCAUGCUGUGGCGCCACGGAUCAAGGAGAGGAUGGUGAAGGAAGGUACAAUGAUGAUAACGUAUCAACCUCUACGGGAGAGACACAACUUCUUCAGGCUGGUCCUUCAGAACUCUCAGGUUAAUGAAGAUGAUAUUGAUUACUUCGUCAGGCAGAUAGAGAUUCAUGGUAGUGAUCUAUAAGCGCCCCACAGUGCCACAUGACCUCAGUAAUGAGUAUAAUUGACCUCUUAGUGCCAUAGAGUCAUCUGGGGCUCUCAUUAUUGACAUCUAAAGCCCUCAUAGACUCUUGAUAUUGACCUCUUAGUGCCAUAGGGUCAUCUGGGGCUCUCAUUAUUGACAUCUAAAGCCCUCAUAGACUCUUGAUAUUGACCUCUUAAGCCCUCAGUGCCAUGGGGUCAUCUGGGGCUCUAUAAUUGACCUUUAACGACCAUUGACCCAAUUGGGUAUCCUAGUGAUGACCUCAACAAGCAUUAGGUAGUCAUGUGACCAUCAGAACUACCUUGGUAUAGUGCCUUUAGGGUGCCAUACGACCCUCAGAGUUUAAUAAAGACCUCGAGGCUUCUGUACGACCUCCAGAAGCCCCCACAACGACCUCAAGGCUUCCGAAUGAUCACUAAAUAACUUCAGAG